UUCUAACGUAGCGGCAUAACCUCAAAAACUGAACGAGACACCUAACCUGUGAUUUUCUAUAUUUUUCGGAAAAAUGUUAUUCUACUCGUUUUUCAAAUCUUUGGUCGGGAAAGACGUGGUAGUGGAGUUGAAAAAUGACCUGAGUAUUUGCGGUACCUUACACUCUGUGGACCAGUAUCUGAACAUCAAGCUCACAGACAUCAGUGUGACAGAUCCAGAUAAAUAUCCUCACAUGUUGUCAGUGAAGAACUGUUUCAUUCGUGGUUCUGUAGUAAGGUACGUUCAACUUCCUGGAGAUGAGGUUGAUACCCAACUUUUGCAAGAUGCUGCACGGAAAGAGGCAGCUGUACAAACCCGAUAACACAUCAGUUCGAGUAAUGCUUACAUGUAUAUUAUUAUUUACAAUAAGACGUAUUAAAGACCGUUCUGUUCAGUUUGGUUUGUUUGAUAAAGUUUAAUUUAUUCAACUUUAAUUUACGAAACGGAUGUUUAUUCACGUGUGUAACAAAUCACUGAACCCGUUGUCAACGAUUUGGCAAAAGGUCAAGGCAACAUGAUUGUAAGAAACUACAAAUAAAGCUUAUUUUGUACAAA